GAAAAACAUCAAGCAGCCGCAGUUUAUCACCCUGCUGAGAGUCUGCUGGAAGACACGCAGAAGUGUCUGCUACGAACUGUGACGCUGAUAUGAAAGCACAGAUACUCAUCAUGGAGAAGCAAAAACAAGAGCUUCUUUCUAUUAAUGAGAGAUGGGCGAAGGAGUACCGAAUCAUGGUGAAGUUCUACCAAGAUAAGGUGCUGGAUUUAAAAGCAUUACUGCAUCAUAACAACUUUUACUCUAAAGAAGAGGAGAAGCACAUCGCAUUGUACAAAAAAUCUCAAGUCGUCAAUACAGCGAUAGACGAAGAGAGCACACAGGCAGGAAACAGUGACGUCAGUUUUGAGGUACUCAGAGCAGAGAGGGAAGCAAAGGAGCUCCGAGCACAUAACAGCACUCUGACCCGAAAAGGGCUGCAUCAGCAGGAAGAGAUCAGACGACUGAACAAGGCUCUAGAAGAGACACUUAUCACCACUAAGCCUCUUGAUGCAAGCAAUGAAACACUACAGGAUGUCUGGAAGCAUCAGGCUGAGAUUUAUAAGGAGGACUUUUUGAAAGAGCGGAAGGACAGAGAGAUCCUCAAGGGGAAGUGUCUGGAACUGGAGAAGGGGUUGAGAAAAGCUCACAAGGAGCUCCACGUCCUAAAAUCACAGGCAUCGACCCGGCCGCCUCAAUCUGUACUUGAAUGUAACUGCAAAGAAACACCUGACCAACAUCACACCGGGGUCCACAGACGAAACACCCUCGACAAAAGACGAUGA